UCGGGACGCCGUGACGUCGCGUUCCUCCAGUGCCUUGCCUCCCUCCUCCUUCCUUCGCCUGGAGAAGCUCCGUCCCGGACUUCCGAAGACCUUUUACGACAUUGGGUCUCCGAGUGGGUCUCAGCGCCAGGUCCACUUUUCGGCAAAGUGACGUGGACGUCAACAGCAAUGGCGGAAGGAGAGGGGGUCUUGCCACUGCCAACGUCGGGCGGCGACGGCUGGGAAAAAGAUCUUGAAGAAGCUCUGGAAGCAGGAGGUUGUGAUCUCGAAACCUUGAGAAACAUAAUUCAAGGAAGACCGCUGCCUGAUGAUCUGAGGGCUAAAGUUUGGAAGAUUGCUCUGAAUGUUGCAGGAAAAGGCGAUAGUUUGGCAUCAUGGGAUGGUGUUUUAGACCUGCCAGAACAGAACACUAUUCACAAAGAUUGCCUACAGUUUAUUGACCAACUUUCAGUGCCAGAGGAGAAGGCAGCAGAGUUACUUUUGGAUAUUGAAUCUGUAAUUACCUUUUAUUGUAAAUCACGUAACAUUAAAUAUAGCACAUCCCUUAGCUGGAUACAUCUCCUCAAACCAUUGGUGCAUCUGCAACUGCCACGCAGCGAUCUAUACAACUGCUUUUAUGCUAUCAUGAAUAAGUACAUUCCCAGGGAUUGUUCCCUGAAGGGGAGACCGUUUCAUCUCUUCCGAUUGCUCAUUCAAUACCAUGAGCCUGAGCUUUGCUCUUUUCUUGAUACAAAGAAAAUUACUCCAGACUCCUAUGCACUCAACUGGCUUGGAAGCCUUUUUGCAUGUUACUGUUCCAUCGAAGUCACUCAGGCAAUAUGGGAUGGAUAUCUACAACAAGCAGAUCCGUUUUUUAUUUAUUUCUUAAUGUUAAUUAUCCUUGUUAAUGCAAAAGAAGUUAUUUUAACACAAGAGUCAGACAGUAAAGAAGAAGUUAUCCAGUUCUUGGAAAACACUCCAUCCAGUUUGAAUCUGGAAGAUAUAGAAGACCUUUUCUCUCUGGCUCAGUAUUACUGCAGUAAAACACCAGCUUCUUUUAGGAAGGAUAAUCACCAUCUCUUCGGAAGUACUUUGUUGGGAAUUAAGGAUGAUGAUGCAGAUCUGAGUCAGGCUCUUUGUCUGGCCAUCUCAGUGUCAGAGAUCCUUCAAGCAAACCAGCUGCAAGAGGAAGGAGUCCGGUUCUUUGUGGUGGAUUGCCGACCUGCAGAACAGUAUAAUGCUGGGCAUUUGUCAACUGCUUUCCACUUGGAUUCAGAUCUGAUGCUUCAGAAUCCAUCCGAGUUCGCACAGUCAGUAAAAUCCUUGCUGGAAGCACAGAAGCAAUCCAUUGAGUCUGGCUCCAUAGCCGGUGGGGAGCACCUGUGUUUUAUGGGUAGCGGCCGGGAAGAAGAAGACAUGUAUAUGAACAUGGUCCUGGCACACUUUUUGCAGAAAAAUAAAGAAUAUGUGAGUAUUGCCAGUGGAGGAUUUAUGGCACUGCAGCAGCACUUGGCAGACAUUAAUGUGGAUGGACCAGAAAAUGGAUAUGGCCAUUGGAUUGCUAGUACCUCAGGCUCAAGGAGCAGUAUCAAUUCUGUUGAUGGUGAAUCUUCUAAUGGCUCAAAUGAUAGAGGAAUGAAAUCACUAGUAAAUAAAAUGACUGUGGCUUUAAAGACAAAGUCUGUUAAUGUCAGGGAAAAAGUCAUUAGUUUUAUUGAGAAUACAUCAACUCCUGUGGACAGAAUGUCUUUCAAUCUUCCUUGGCCAGACAGAUCAUGUACAGAGCGGCAUGUGAGCAGCAGUGACAGAGUGGGCAAGCCUUACCGUGGUGUAAAACCUGUUUUCAGCAUUGGAGAUGAAGAAGAAUAUGACACAGAUGAAAUUGACAGUUCUUCAAUGUCAGAUGAUGAUAGAAAGGAGGUUGUAAACAUUCAGACUUGGAUAAACAAGCCAGAUGUCAAACAUCAUUUUCCUUGUAAGGAAGUGAAAGAAAGUGGACACAUGUUUCCUAGUCAUCUGUUGGUUACUGCAACUCAUAUGUACUGUUUAAGGGAGAUUCUUUCACGGAAAGGAUUGGCUUAUAUACAGUCUCGACAAGCACUAAAUUCUGUUGUUAAAAUUACAUCCAAAAAAAAACAUCCUGAGCUCAUUACCUUCAAGUAUGGAAAUAGCAGUGCUUCAGGAAUUGAAAUCUUGGCAAUCGAAAGGUAUUUAAUUCCAAAUGCAGGGGAUGCCACCAAAGCCAUAAAACAACAGAUCAUGAAAGUUUUGGAUGCUUUGGAAAGUUAAUAUGAAAGAAAAUUAUUUAAAAAGAAAUUAAGGCAACCAAGAGAAACAUGGACAUCUAUUUCCUGACUAAAUACUAACUGGAGACCUUUCAUUUGCUCACAGGGCUGCUUGAAUAGCAGGUGUAAGAAAGUAUAAAGUAUUAUAAUCAAUCUCUGGACAGUUAAACUUUUUGUAAAUUUUUCUUUUGCAUUUUUGAUUUUAUAAAAUGAUUUAUUAUAAAGGUCAGUUAUCACAUGACUUUUAAGUAACUGACCCUGUGCCCUUAUGGACUUAUAAGGGUACGGAAUGCAGUUCUGUUUUGAAGAGCUGUUUUAAGGGAACAUGCAUCACUUUCAGGUUUAAAAAAAGUGUAUUCAUAUAUAUUUGCAAUGUCUUCACUGAAAAUUAGAGCUAGAAUUAGUUGAAGAGACUUCACUUCCUUAAUUGCUACAUUUAGUUUUACCCACUGAGCAAUAUCAAAAAUUAAAAAUAUAGGUUAACAAUUAGCUCAUUACUUCUGUUUUUCUUAAAAAGAGUGAAAUCUUUUUAAUGAAAUGGAUGAAGAUUCCUGCCAACUCAAAAUACAGUUCACCUGGUGAAAUGUUGAAAUGUCAGUUUCUAAAUCAACCUUUGCUCCAUUAGCUAAUUAUUUGGACACUUAAUGCUUCAGAAAUACUAAACUUCAUAUUAAUGGUUUCUAAGGAGCAGUUAAAAGCAUUAUAAUAAGUAGGUGGUAGGCAUGUUAAGAUUAAAAUUAACAUUUUGGGGACAGAACUGUAUCUGUAAAAAUGUCAUUGGUCUUUAUUGCAAGUGGCUUAUUGGAUUUAAGAUAUUUCAGAACAAGUGUCAAACACAUUGAUUUAUCAUCAUUGGGAUUAUGAUCUGUGACGAUACUAAUAUCCACUUAAGAAAAGCCAAUAGUCAGAGAGCUGUAUAAACUACAAUUGUUUUUAUCAUCACUUUCUGAAAUUUCUUUAUUUUGGCUUUGUCUUCUUAUGAAAGUUCCAGUGGUUUGAAACUAUUUUUAUUAUCUUAACAUGACAAAACUGGAAAUUGCUCUGCUUUAUUUUACAGCUUUGUCAAUUUAAUUUAUAGUGGUCCAUAUUCGAUACAUUUGACAAGAGAAAUCCAGGAACACGUUAGGGGCUAUGCAAUGACUCUUCAUAAAACCUAUCCGGGAAGUAGCAAUGCUUGGGAAGAUUUUUUGUAAAGCCUUUUUGAGAAGUAGCAAAGUCACAAUCUGCCGUGUCCUAAAAUGUAAUGGAUUAUCAAUAUGGGGUUGGUAGGAGAAAUAUUUAGAUGUACCCUGUUAACAGCCGGCUAUUUUGAUUUACUUAAUGAAAUCAAGUGAAAAAAGAAAACAUAAUUCAAGAAAUUUUAUGCUAAUAUCUAAUAAAAACAGUUUGAGUGGUCGAAGAUAUUUGCAUGAAAUUGCACCUAGUGCGAUACUUGAUGAUAUAACUCUCCUCUAAAACUGUUUUAUUGCAUUUUUCCUCUCUUCUUGGCACUCCUCUGGAAACGUCCUGAAGUUUCACUUUUUGCCCAUUACAGCCAUGGGACGUUUUUCAUAAUAUUAAUGUAAAGAUGUUUGUGUUACUGUUUAUAAAUACAAUUGUAAAUAAAUCAAUACCGUUUGCUCAAAACUUUGUUCUUAAA